UCUGUCUCAAGAAGGUUGCUUUCGACGAUGAGUAGGAGAAGCUUUUGGGACCGAGAGAGAUAACGCGAAUAUUUAUUGUUUUUUUUCUCUUGCAAAAUUUAUUUUUCAUGGAAGCAGUUGAUUCGUCACUUGCCAAGGAAGCAACACGAAAGAUGACGGCUAUGCCAGACACUGAUCAUGCAGAAAAUGCCGGGUCGUUGGAAGUUACCCAUUCUCAAGGAAACCCAGUUAAUUCUGUUACUGCUACAGCAGGUGAAGAGGUAGCAACACCACUUAGAGAAAAGUCACCUGAAAGUCCUUCAAACAUGGAUCUAGAGAGCACUCCAAAAGGCGCUUCAGAUGAAGCUGACACACCAGAUUCAGAUAUUCCAUUUCCUCCAGAGUUUGACAAGUUUUGGAAGGUAGUAGAAGAAAAUUCACAGGACUUCACAGGAUGGACUUACUUGCUGCAGUACGUAGAACAAGAGAAUCAUAUAGCAGCUGCGCAGAAGGCUUUUGAUGCAUUUUUCUCCUAUUACCCCUACUGCUAUGGCUAUUGGAAAAAAUAUGCUGAUCUUGAGAAACGUCAUGGGAAUAUUAAGCGUGCUGAAGAGGUGUAUCGACGAGGUCUCCAAGCAAUCCCUCUCAGUGUUGAUCUUUGGAUACAUUAUAUUAAUUUUUUAAAGGAAUCAUUGGAUUCAUCUGACUUAGACACUGACAGCAAGAUACGAGCAGUUUAUGAACAUGCUGUACUUGCAGCAGGUACAGACUUCCGUUCAGACAGACUUUGGGAGUCCUAUAUUAAUUGGGAAACAGAGCUGGGAAACUUAAGAGAAGUUACAAACAUCUAUGACAGAAUUCUUGGUAUUCCAACACAGCUAUAUAGUCACCAUUUUCAGAGGUUUAGAGAACAUGUACAGAACAACUUACCAAAACAGUUUUUAUCUGUUGAAGAGUUCAUAAAGCUGCGGCGAGAGCUGGCCUCUGUGAAUGGCCAUGGAGAGAUUGGUGCUAAACUAGAAAAUGAUAUUCCCCCAGGUAUUGAGGAUAUAGCAGACCCAGCAAAGCUUGUUACAGAAAUAGAAAAUAUGCGUCAUAGAGUACUAGAGAUGCGUCAAGAAGUCUUUAAUCACAACGAACAUGAAGUUAGCAAGCGAUGGACCUUUGAAGAAGGGAUCAAACGACCUUACUUCCAUGUAAAGCCCUUGGAAAAAUCUCAGCUCAAUAACUGGAAAGAGUACCUGGAUUUUGAAAUAGAGAAUGGAACACCCGAACGUGUUGUGGUUCUUUUUGAACGAUGCCUUGUGGCCUGUGCCCUGUAUGAAGAGUUUUGGAUAAAGUAUGCCAAGUAUUUGGAAAAUCACAGCAUCGAAGGAGUGAGACACAUCUUCAUGAAAGCAUGCACUAUACAUCUAACUAGAAAGCCCAUGGUCCAUUUGCUCUGGGCAGCCUUUGAAGAGCAGCAAGGAAAUAUAAAUGAAGCAAGACAAAUUUUGAAGACAUUUGAAGAAUCUGUACCAGGGCUGGCCAUGGUUCGUUUGCGGCGUGUAAGCCUUGAACGUCGUCACGGAAAUCUAGAAGAAGCAGAAAUUUUGCUUCGAGAUGCAAUCAACAAUGGUAGAACUAUUGCAGAGUCCUCGUUUUAUGCUGUUAAAUUGGCUCGGCUUCUUUUCAAAGUGCAUAAAAAUAUGCAGAAAGCACGGAAUGUACUGCUGGAUGCAAUAGAGAAAGACAAGCACAACCCUAAGCUGUACCUCAAUCUUCUUGAACUGGAGUUUAGUGGAGACUUAAGACAAAAUGAAGACCACAUCCUGAAAUGCUUUGACUCUGCGAUAAACAGCUUCCUACCAACAGAAACAAGAGUAAUAUUCUCACAAAGAAAAGUAGAAUUUCUGGAAGACUUUGGAGGUGAUGUGAACAAGUUAAUGGCAGCAUAUGAUGAACAUCAAAGACUUCUUAAAGAACAAGAUUCAUUAAAGAGGAAAGCAGAAAAUGGGUCAGAUGAGCCAGAAGAAAAGAAGCAACGUAUAGACGAUGCAAAUUUGACCUCUGGGCAGAUGAUGGGAGGUGACAUGCAAGUAAAUCAGUCAGCCUAUAAUUACAAUGCCUGGUACCAGUACAAUUAUCAGAAUCCUUGGAACUAUGGACAGUAUUACCCACCUCCUCCUACGUGAUUUGAAUUUGUUGGUGAUCCUGCCUGCAGCACUAUUGAGCCAUUGGUUUUUUUAAUGGAAGCUGCCAUUGGUUUCUGGAGUUUAAAAAAGGAAAACAAAGUGCAAUUUGGUUUUUGGUGCACACCAGUUUCUAAAGUUGAAGGAAUACGAUCUUAAGAUAAAAUCUUUAACAAAAAUGUUUCUUUUCCAAACACACACAUACACAAACACAUGUUGUUUUUCAUAAGGUGACCUUUUUUCAACAUUUUUACACGUUGUUAUUGGGUAGUAGGGAUUUCUUUUUUUAUUGUGACUUGGAAAAAUUUAAUUUCAUAAUAAAAGAGAAAUUAUGGGGAA